CCCUGCGGACAGCUCACACACACACACACACACGGGCGCGCGCACGCACAGACAGAGGCUUCAGCCACAAGGACUUUUCUUCGCUUCUUUAUUUGAUGUGCUGGGAUUUUAACUUAAAAUCAGCUCUUUUUUAAUAAUAAAUGUUCGGGUGAGUCCGUGAGCUGCUCGGCUGUCGACCUGAUUUAUAAAAUGACGUCUCCGGAUGAAUUUGGAAGAUUCAUUUCAGUUUUUCUGGCCGUUUCACUGAGUUCUACAUUCCAAGGUGCGUCCAGUGAGCUGCUGGUUUCUCCUGCUGGUCCCACUCUGGUGAACGUUUUCUCUGGCAGUAACGUGACUCUGGCCGUGACCUUCAGUGGAGCCUCUGACCCGGUAGUCACCUGGUCCAUGGGAGAUUUACCUGUCGUCACCUGGACUAUUGGCUCUGAUAUUCCCCCAGUCGUAGCACAAAACACCAGGGAGGUUCUGAGGAUCGAGUCGGGUGGAUCUCUUACUUUUGUUAAUGUGCCACUUAACUAUUCCAGUAGAUACACCGUAGAAAUGACCAAAUCUGGACUGGGAAAAUCCUCAACUACCUUCACUCUGAACGUAUUUGAAAACAUCCAGAACGUCGUUCUGACCCUACAGCCGGAUCUCGCCAAAGAGGGACCUGACCCGUUCACCCUGCAGUACAGCAUGGAUCAAGGAACGGUCGAGCAGAAGACGUGGUUCUUCAACGACGUUGAGAUAAACUCCAACUCUCACUACUCUGUGCAGACGGAGCGCCUCGUGGUCCUCCAGCCGAACCGCAGCGACACGGGACGCUACACGGUGACCCUGAGGAACCCCAUCAGCAGCGUCGCCACUCACAUCGACGUCAACGUGCUGUACGGACCAGACGAACCCGUCCUGGAGGCCAGUCCAGCUCGGCCUUUCUACGUAUCCGGAGCGUCCCUGAACGUCUCCUGCCAGGCGGACGGAUUCCCUCGGCCGGCUGCCGAGUGGCUCUUUGAUGGUCAGACUGUUUCUGAUUCCAGCGUCUUAAAUCUGACACGUGUGCAGACGAGUCAAGGAGGCGUUUAUACCUGCAGGCUGACAAACCAGCUGACCAACGAGCAGCGCCAGAAGAGCAUCACUUUAAACAUUUACGAGAGGCCAUCAGGCAGCCCGACGUGCUCCGUGCAGUCUGUGAAUGACGUUGACCUGCAGUACAGCUGUGGCUGGUCGGGGGGAACCCCACCGGCCCAGCUCACCUUCCCAGCAUUAAGUAACAGCAGCAGUGGAGCCGGGAACUUCAGCCUGACCUUCAACUCCUCAAACAACCUGGACGGGAAAACUGUCAUAUGCAUGGCAGACCACCCCAUCGAACAGAACAGGUGCAACGUUACUGCAAGAAGUCCAGUGAGGUUCCUGCCGACUGUGAGAACUACAGUCGACACUGAGGGUAAAAUCGUGGUCACCAUGCAGUGUGUGAGCGAGGCCGUCCCUCAGGCCGUGGUGUCCUGGUUCGAAGGCAGCGAGGCUCUCAGCAGCGGGACGACGCCACAGUUUGAGAUUCGGGAUUCAAACGUCACCAACUUUCUCCUCAAGAACUACAGUUGUACAUGUCGAAACCCCCUGGGCAGCCAGAGGAGGGAGAUUCAGCUAAGAGGUCCGUCUAUCUCAGAUUCCAGUUUGUUCAAGAAUCCCAACGGCACCAUCAUCACGUUGACCUGGGAGGUGCCGUCCACCUCUAUAGUUACAGGGUUUGACAUCCAGCUGAAAGGACCAGACCUCCUGAGUGAAGACACCAAAAAUAUCGGCAGGUCAAGCGUUUUUCGUACCAUCCAGGUCAGACCGGGCUCGGCCAGGAGUGCAGACGUCUUAUAUCUCGAUCCGAAGUUGAAAUACUUGUUUCGGAUCAUCCCCAAAGCUCUUCAGGAGAAAGGAAAUCCAUCUGAGGUCCACAGAACUGGUCCAGGUGGAGGACUGAGUGGACCGGCCAUCGCUGGCAUCGCAGCAGGAAUCCCCUGCAGCCUGCUGUUUCUGCUCCUGCUGGCUGGAUCCGUCUACCUCUGCUUCUCCUGGAACAAGAACAGAAGUCGGCAGACCAGAUAUCCAGGCCCCAGAGCCACUGAGAAGGCAACAACGACUCCAAAUAACCUGCUGACAGGAGGGCUGAGGUCUCUCCCUGAUUACACUUUACAUGAGACUCCCUCUGAAAAGUCGAUGCCUGUCCCGACGUUUCAUCCUCCGCCGCCCGUCAGAGUUGCUACAAGAGUCUAAACACCAACGUUUGCUUUGAUCUGUAUAUAAAUGUUGUAUAGCACGUCUAAUUUAUAUGUUCUAUUUUAAUGUGUGAGAUUUUUCUAUAUUUGUCUUGAUGUUUUAUCUGAAGUUUAUCUCAGUGGAGAUGAAUAUUUGUGAUAUUUGCACCACUUUCCUGUAUAAUCUGCAAUUUCAACUCCAUAAUUUUGUAACUUUAUUUAUUCUUAAUAAAUCAAAGUUCAAGUCUUA